UUUUCUGGGUACAUUCCGGACAGUAGAGUGGGGGGGAGUAGAGGACGAUAGAUAGGGCAGCAUGGCGGCAACCUUCUGCGCCGGGCCCGCCGCAUCCGCGGUAGCAAACCCUAGCUCCGCCGGCUGCCGACGCCAGAACCUACCUCGGGCUGGCGUGCUGUCUGCCUGCUGGCGGCCCACCCGGCCGAUUCCCGCCUUCCUCUCCCUCCGGCGCCCCAAUGCCGAGCUGCGGCCGCUACGCGUGGCCGCCGGCUCCGGCGUUGACCCGAAGGUUGUCAAUGGGGAAGAUUUUCCUCCCAUGAAGGACCUAAUUCAACUAUACAGGACAGCUUUUCAACAAGGAAAUGAUGAGGUUCUUGGUGAAGUUGAGAAGGCAAUCACUGCUGUGGAAAAAGAGAAGAGUAGGGUAGCUUCUCAGUUUGAAAGUAUUACAACCGAAAUAACUUCUGGGAAGGAGAAGUUUAUUCGCUUAAAUGCUGAUCUGGAGAAUUUCCGGAAACAGACUGAAAAGGAUCGUGCAAAGUUUACAUCAAAUAUGCGGGUGCAAGUUGUUCAGAGUCUGUUACCUCUGGUUGAUAGUUUUGAGAAAACGAAUUUAGAGAACACACCAGAGACUGAGAAGGAGCAAAAGAUCAGCACAAGCUAUCAAGGCAUAUACAAGCAGUUAGUUGAAACACUAAGAUAUUUGGGUGUAGGAGUAGUGGAAACAGUUGGCAAGCCAUUUGAUCCUUCAGUCCAUGAAGCCAUCUCACGAGAAGCAUCCAUGCAAUUCAAGGCAGGGAUUGUCAUGCAUGAAGUCCGCAGAGGGUUCCAUUUGAAGGAGAGGCUGCUAAGGCCUGCUACUGUUAAGGUCUCUACUGGCUCUGGCAAACAAAGCGCAAGCUCAUAAGAGGGGGGCAAAGAUGCCUUUUUGUGAAUCUGAUCAAACGACCAUCAGGAACUGAUAGACAAGGAACCUCUCCUUUUGAGCAACUUUUCUGUUCAUAACAUGACAAAUGUGUUUGAUAUCAAAUGAGAUAGGUCACCUAUGUAUGGUGUUGCCAGGGAGCAUCAGCUUGAAGUUUUGCUGUUAUUUGUAAUCUGCUAGAAUUUUGUCCACCAAAAGAGAGUGAAACAUUCAACAUACAUACCGGAUAUAUUGACUUCCUUUCUCCAACUAAGAGUGUUUUUUCA